AUGGCAUGCCCAGCCUUGGCCGCGAUGUUGGUUGCCGCCUCCCUGGCAUCCCUCCUCCGGGAAACUUCGGCAGAAGGCCUCCGUGGUGACUUCCAGAACAAGACGACGAAGGAUCUCUCCUUGCUUUCUUUGGCCACAGCUUCUGCGGGAUGCACUGCUGCGGACGAGGCAAAGAUGUCCAAGUUGGGCUCUGGAAAUGCGGAUGGAACCUUCCCCAAGUUGCUGGCGCAGUGCGGUCAGAGGAACUACAACAUCUUCUUCGGCUUCAACAGUGCUAACUACGUGUCCUGUGUGGAGGGAGACACAGGCAUCAGCAGCAGCUGCGCGCAGUGCUUCGUCCAGUCCGCCAAGUACGGGGUGGACCACUGCAAGUGGAGCUGCCUUUGGGGCUCCUGGUGUGGCUCCAGCUGCCUCAACUGCGUGGCGCCCUCUAACGAGCAGACGACGACAUGCGCGGGAGUGGCCGUGCCCACCGCGGCGUCGUGCAGGUGA